AUGUUUCGGAGACGUUCGAAAAGUGUGUCAGUUAGUGGCAGUUCGGCCGGCGGGACCGUCCGAGGUCGAAGAGAUGGUUAUGGGUACGAUUCUCGUACUUUCUACUGUGCCCCCGUUUCCCUCCUCAAACUUUCCAUUUGCAGGUCCACAGUUCGACUGCCCGUCUAUCUCCGUGACGUCAUCAUGGCCGAGACCAAAGCCUAUGUGAGUUGACUUCCAGAAUCGGCUUCUUUCUGUGUUCUCUGUGUGUGCAUGCGAUCCGUCCUUCCUUCCGCUCUCUGUUUUUUACUCGCGUGCGUGUCUUCCGUCCAUUACCGUUUCCUUGUUUGAUGCCGAUAAAAAUAGACGCCAAGACUCGGUGAACCGCACAAAAAUGGCCGAGUAGGAGAAGAAGAAGAAGAGAGAGCACUUUUUCUGGCAACCACCACUUUGGCACCGCUUCUCAAUACGAAACAAAAGAGAUGUGGGGGUGUGUGUGGAGCAUCAAAGAGCCAAUUGAUUUGAAUGAUUCUGAAUGGGGUUCUUUUUUGAAGGGUUCCUUCAGGACGAAGAUCAGACGGAACUGGAGGCUCACAUCAAAUCAAAGUUUAUGGCACUUGAAACUUUUGAUACUUCAAAACUUGGAAACUUGGAAACUUCGUGCUCCUACUGAUAUUAUCUGUUUCCGCGAGCUUUCGAGACCAAGAUUUGUUUGAUUCUAUAGUAUUCUUAUUGGAAAUGUCAUACUGUAAGAUUAAAGGCGCAGCUUUUCGGUGAAAACAGUUAGUAAUGUGUCCUCUAAAACAAGAAAAGUGGGAAAAAAACUCGCAUUUUUUUGCUAAACGUGGCCAACUUCCCAGCUUUUCUCUUCCCCGUUCACAUCUAUUUCUAAACUCUUCCUCUGCCUCUCGGGAGGGUUCUCAGAGUCACUUUGACCCGCAACCACGUCAUGAAUCCUUUUCUGCCCUUCUCUUUUUAGAUUGAAACGAGUAAGUUUUCCCAAGAAAGUCAAGAAAAGGACAUGCACAUUUGAAUUCAUUCAAAAUGGGUGGGAGUUGAAAGCCGCUUCUCCCAUCCGAUUUCCAUAAGCUUCCUUUUCCUGAAUUCUUGAGAAGCGACCUGAGAACUCGAAAGGUCCAUUUCUUUCUUAUUUUGCAAAACGAAACAAAACGGAAAUCAGUGUAACCGAAUCUUGAAGCAAGAAAUGCGCCCCAGACAAGGGGAGGUUUAUUUAUUUCUCCGAGAGUUGGCACACAUUUCUACUAUGUUUCACUUCACAUGCUCUUUUGAUUCUUUGCCAAUGAGCUCUCCGAAUCGUUUUCUAGCCUUCACCAGAUUCGUAUGCAAAAGUUGACACCAUCUUGACACAUUUCACCCAUUUUUCGUGCUCUGCUUUAGAAAAAGACGUCAAAACAAUAGUAGCCGCUCUGUGGCUCUUGCUCUUUCUCUCUCUCUCUCUCUCUCUCUCGAGAUUCCUCGAAGCCCCGCCCACUUUUGGGUGGCUCUGCCCCUCCGGAGAGUCGUCCCUCCCCCACAAAGUGGGCUUCUUCUCGCUCACUCCUCCAGAAUUCCCUCUGAUUAUUCUCACACCGCCGCCAAACUGUUGUCGAUCAAGAAUCUCGGGCUUGGCGACCAAAUAUGUCCCAAAAACUGGCUCCAUCAAUACCAUCAAAAGUGCCAGAAAGAGCCGUUUCCGAGCUGCUCGACGUCCAGCUGCUCGACGAGCUCCACCGACACGUGUCUUCUGAUCAAAGGACCGCCCGAGACGAUCGGAGGCGAUGACAUGCCGUCGGUCUGGCACUGUGCCAAAUAUAUCGUAUGGUUGAGAGAAGCUUCUGCCUUUUCCGCUUCUUUUCCGGGAAGCUGAAAAGGCAGCUCACUUUGCCGUGCUGUUUUUGAAGUGAUCCUUUAGUUGUGUUGUGUCCUCGAGUACUGUCUGUUUGCUUUUUGGUUCUGUCCCAUUCCCGUCGACCGAACUUCCGCAAACUCAAUCUGAAACUCUUUCCAGAACAUUCCGUACCGUUCCAAGCUCACCGAGCGCAUCGAGCCCGGACAAACUCUGAUCAUCCGUGGAAAGACGAUCGAGGAGUCGAAGAGGUGGGCACGGAUUACUGUACUUUUAUUUCUUCUUCAUCUUCUUCUUCUUCUUUCAGAUUCAACAUCAAUCUCCACAAGGACUCUCCGGACUUCUCCGGCAACGACGUUCCGCUCCAUCUGUCGAUCCGUUUCGACGAGGGAAAGGUAAAGAGCACAAGUGAUUCUUGAGCCCUUCCAGAGGGAACUAAAACUGAAAUCCCUCCAAACGUUUGUUCUUUUUCCGGCUCGGCAGCAUGACCCUAAUGCUCAAUCAAGCAUGUUCCCUCCCGGCGCUUCCACUCAAAAAAUGGGCUCUUUUGGCGGAAAAUGGGAAACGGCGCCUUCUAGACGAGGAAAUUGCCCUGCUUUCAUGUUCUAGUUGUGCUUGAUUUUAAGAAAGAAAGAGAGAGAGAGAGAGAGAUGGUGUUUACCCGCUGCCUUCAACCCGAGAAAAUGAUUGAUAGAUUUGAUUGGCUUCCAAAGUCCCGCACCUGAGCCAGGUGACUCUCAUCCCUCUUUCCAGAUCAUAUUCGAAAAGUGGCAGCGAGAAAAAGCGCUGAAAUCAAGUGUAUGUUUCGCCGAAUUUCCUCUAUGUGGAUGACACCGUAGAAAUGCAUGCUUCACAGUUUUUCUUGACUCGAAUGUUUUGGGUUUUUAAAUCAUAUUUGUACAAUAUUAGUUCCCUUUUAAAAAGAGAGGCCAAUCAAAAAAACUACAGUAAUCCUUUCAGAAGAUGGUCUUGUUAACAUUUUAUCUAUUGUCCAAUUCCAGAUCGUCUACAACGCGUACACGAAGGGCGCGUGGGGCAAAGAAGAGCGCGCGAAGAACCCGAUCAAGAAGGGCGACGCGUUCGACAUCCGCAUCCGCGCGCACGACUCCAAGUUCCAGGUCUCGAUCAACCAUGUGAGUUUGGUGGUCCCUCCGGACCGAGCCGUCAUUUCUCAACCCCAAAAAUCACUUGCGCGCCCCCCCGAAACAAUAGGCGGUAAUCGUCACUUUUCAAAAGUCGAAAGCGAAUUUGGCGCUUCGCAAACUUUUCGCUCUUUGCCUAGGGGGAAACAUCGGAAAUGAUGCGUUUUGUGGCGAGCGAAACGAAGAAGAAGGAGAAGAAAUAUGAGAUGAGUUUUGACAGGUGUAAGCCCAUCAUCUUCUUCUCCGUCACUGCGGAACGGGAUAUGGAAUGAAUGAGCUAGAGAACUUUGAGCUUUGAUCGGGCCUGGGCAAAGGACUUUUGGACCGCUUGCAAUGAUCCGAUCGGUCCCAUACUUUGACUUGGAUUGAAGUAUUUUGAGGCCAAGUUCGGAUUAUCUAACCUGGCCUUUUUGCCCUCGAACCAGUAUAUCUUGGAACCAGAUAACCCGAUCGGUCCAAGCCCAAGAACCCUGCAAAGUUUGGGACCGAGCUGAUUAUUGCAAAUAGUCCUAAAGUUUUUGCGUAGGCCGAAUUUCAGAAAACUCUACCCUUGGUCAGCUUAACUUUUCCUCGUUUUCUAUCCGAGAUCACCCGGACCAGUUUGACCAGUUGAUUCUCGAUCUCCGAGCCCUUCCGCCUCACAAAACGCUACUUUUUGUGACAAAAAGCACUCCUCUGGGCGAGAGAGAGAGAGAGAGAGUACUCUGAAAUAUUCAUAACUUCCAUUUCGGUCAUCUCCCCACGGACAAAUCCUUUUCGGUCUCCCUCUUCGAAUCGAAAACCCACUCCUUUCACACUGCCCCUGACCGGUCAUGUAAACUCAUCAGCGUGUGCUCUUUCUGCUUUGAGCUCCCAAAUCUGCGAGUGUGCAUGGCGGGCACUUGGAACAUUUAUGAGGCCCGUGGGAGCCACGACGGAACAGGCGGAAGAGAAAGGAGCAAAAAAUGGAGUCACGCAUUUCGCAUUUCUCAUUGUUUUUUGGUGCUCUAUCCCCUCUUCUGCUCCGCGCUUCUUCGAAGGAGAAAGAGAGGAAGAAGAAGAAGAAGAAGAAGAAGAAGAAGAAGAAGAAGAAGAAAGGGAACAAGAUUUGUGUCUCUGAAACAGAUAAGAAAGCGAAAAAACAAAAAGGGGAAAACAACAAGAGGAAGACAAUAGAAAUUGAGUGAAAAGUGCAAGAGUUAAGAUGGAUUGGAAGCGAGGGAGUUGGGGAGUACGGUAUCCUUUGUUUAUGAUUCUGGAUCCGACGUCUACACAACAAUGUAAUUGCCUCAUACUUCCCUCCUUUUUGGACAAUUGAAAAAGACCAAAACAUUGCUUUUCUUCCCGCCGCUCAAAAUUGUUUUUUUCGCGACGAUCGCCUAAUCUUUUGCUCGCCACCCAAUUGAGACGCGAAAAGGGUCAAAUAAACAGAGGAAAAACGGAGAAGAAGAAGGGAAUGAAAUGUUUUUGUGUUUUUCAGAAGGAGGUCAAGAACUUUGAGCACCGUAUCCCGCUCAACUCGGUCUCGCACUUGUCCAUCGACGGAGACGUCAUCUUGAACCAUGUGCAGUGGGGAGGAAAGUACUAUGUAAGUUCCGAAACUUGAAACAGAUACUAUUGGAUCCUUUCAGCCGGUGCCGUACGAAUCGGGAAUCGCCGCCGACGGCCUGGUCCCUGGCAAGACUCUCGUCGUCUACGGAACUCCGGAGAAGAAGGCCAAGAAGUUCAACAUCAACUUGUUGAAGAAGAACGGCGACAUUGCUCUCCACUUCAACCCGCGCUUCGACGAGAAGGUUCGCCUCCUUUUCCGAUCGUCUCCAUUUUCUAAAAAUUUUAUAAAACCAUCUGAAAUUACCGAAACCCCACGAUUUCAGGCAAACGGAUUUAUGUGCGCUAAGCCGACCCCUGGAGUAGGUUGAUUUGUGUUGUGUAACUAAAAGUGUUAGUAUCCCCCUCUCUCAAAAAACAUGCGAACUUUUGGUUUAUUCUCUUGAUCUCUUGUGUUCAUUUCAUUCGUUCUUCUCAACAACAUAGGCGACCCCUCCCAUCCCUCUGUUCCGUUUAACAUUUGUCUAUUUAUCCGGGAAUUCUUUUGCAGAAGGAUUACGAUCCUUUUAUUGAGUUCAACGAGGUUUGUUUAAAAGCAACAAUAGCGGCCCCUCGAGAUUCGGGCCUUCUUCAGGCCCCCCCUAGGCCGGGUCCUCGGCCUGAAUCUCGCGGUCUUUUGAGCGUUUGCCAAACUUCUCUUCUUUGGUUGUGAUAUAUGUGGAUGUUCUUUCUGUUUUGGGUCUCAGUUGAGCACGUUCGUAAACGGCCAAUUUCAGAGCGUCGUCCGCAACUCGCUCGUCAGCGGAGAGUGGGGAAAUGAGGAACGCGAGGGCAAGAACCCGUUCGAGAGACUCGUCGGAUUCGAUUUGGAGAUCCGCAACGAGGAGUUCGCUUUCCAGGUAACAUCGAGAUUUGAUGAUGUUUGACUCAAAUUGAUCUUCUAAAUCGCGUCUCUUUUUGUGCUUUUGAGUCUGACCGAUAGGUUUCUGCGAGAAAGAGUAAAAAGAGAAAAAGACGGCCCCGGAGCAGAAAAAAGUCGAAUUUCAAGUAGUGUUUUAGGCUUUUUCCAUCCCAAUUGAUGAUAUUGACGUCAAAAAUGACACAUUUACAUUAUUUUUCUAACAAAUAACAGAAAGAAUCGACAAAAAAAUACCAAAUGUUAUCCUACGGACAUUCCCAGCCCGGCCCGCCCGUAAAAUCACAAGUAUGGGGUCUAGUCUAGUGAGCGCAACAUGUGACUGAUAACAGUUUGGAAGUUGUUGGAAAGAGCCAAACUACACGCUUUCAGAUCUUCGUGAACGGCGAGCGCUUCGCUUCGUACGCCCAUCGCGUCGACCCGCACGACAUCGCCGGACUGCAGAUCCAGGGAGACAUCGAGCUGACAGGAAUCCAGGUGGUCGCCAAUCAGCCGCAGGAAUAA